CUCCCCCAUCUCCCAGGUCCUGAUACCGCCCCCCCUCCCCCACCGCCCCACCGGCAGCACUGACUUCUACAGACAUGUACGGCCUGUGAUUCAGGUGGUCUGGCCCAAAGGAAGGAACCCUUUUUCACUUUGCAAAAAAAUGACCCCAGAAGGGGAGGGGCAUUGGCAGGAAGGCAGGAGAUGGGGCUCGAGCCCUGCACAGGGUGUGAAUUUGGGCGAGGCUCUCACCCUCUCUGGCCUCUAGGCCCAGGGUCCCCAGCAGUGGAGAUGCGGUGGUGGAUGGCUGAUUCCCAAGGGCUGUCCCGGCCCUGACAGCUUCUGCGUGCGAGGUUCCUUCUCUGACGAAGGCCACUGUUCUGACAUCACUGUCACCUUCCUGUCGGGGCCUCCUCUCAGUCUUGCAGCUCUUAGCUUCUAAGAGACAGACCCGGAGAAACAGGCUCCCCGGGGACCCGGCACCUCCAAGCCCAGACAUGCUUCUGCUGCUGUUGGCCCUGCUCUGGGGGAGAGAGGGGGCCGAGGGCCAGAGGGGGGCCGGGAGGGGGCCACAGGGGGAUUACUGGCUGCAAGUGCAGGACGCAAAGGGGCAGGAGGGCCUGUGUGUGCGAGUGUCCUGCAGAUGCUUCUAUCCCCGGGAAGGCUGGUCUGAGUCUACCCCAGCUCUCGGCUACUGGUUCCGGAAAGGGGCCGGUGUACAACAGGAUGUUCUAGUGGCCACAAACAACCCAGAUGGAAAAGUGCGGCAGGAGUCCCAGGGCCGAUUCCGCCUCCUUGGAAACCCCCAGGACUACGACUGCUCCCUGGACAUCAGAGAUGUACAGAGAGGGGACUCGGGGACAUAUGUCUUCAGGGUGGAGAGAGGGCCUUCUGUGAGAUAUACUUACACACGUGACCAGCUCUCCGUGCGUGUGACAGCCCUGACCCAGACACCUGACAUCCUUAUCUCGGGGACCCUGGAGUCUGGACGCCCCAGUAACCUGACCUGCUCUAUGCCCUGGGCCUGUGAGUGGGGCAUGCCCCCCAUCUUCUCCUGGACGUCAGCGGCCCUCGCUUCCCUGGGCCCCAAGACCCACCUCUCCUCUGUGCUCACCCUCACCCCACGGCUGCAGAACCACGGCACUGAGCUCACCUGUCAGGUGACCUUGCCUGGGACCGGAGUGACCACAAUGAGGACCAUUCACCUCAACGUGUCCUAUUCUCCGUGGAACUUGACCGUCGCUGUCUUCCAAGAAAACGGCACAGGUAGGAUAGGGGCUCCUCCUAGGGUGCAGGGAGCAAGGGCAGGGCCGGGUCCCUCUUGUGGGUCCCCCAGGGGCCCUCCCCCUCCCCGGCCCCCAUGGCCCUGUGAGCAGCUGUCCCCUCCCCCCUGUUAUCAGGAGAGCAAGAACAGGGCGACACUCGCCCGGCAGAACUGCCCCUUAUCAUGCACCUCCGGACACCCUCACCUUUUAUUUUCCUACCAACCAUUUAUCUGAGUACUUUUGAACAGCUAAUCUAUUCACACGGACACGUAUUCAAAACGCACAGCAAAGUCGGCCUCAGAUGUCCAGUUCCCUCCCGGAAAGUGUCUCGUGUGCAGAGAAUGCUCUGAGCCUCAGUGUGUUUGCUAAGGAUCUAAGGGACCCUUUGCCGUCAGUAACACAGACUGUCCUCCUUCUGCUCUGUGACUGCGCAGUAUUCCUUCACGUGGGCGGGUUCUGCUUCUGCGUGCGCCUUCCACUAACGGAACAUCAUGGCGUUCGUUUUAUUGUAUUAACGGAAACGCUGCAAUCGGUAAUCUCGUACUCGUACCCACUUUCUCAGGUGUGUGUCUAUGCCUUUGGGAUAAAUUCCUGAAAGGUAAGUAGCUGGGUCACGUGUUCAAUUUUUUUCCUAUUGAGGCAUAACAACUUGACAUAUAACAACUUAUUAGUUUCAGGUGUGUAACGGCACGAUUGGAUAUUU